AUGCAACUCUGCAGUGUUCUGCUCUUGGUCCUCCCCGUCCUGUCCUCGCCCAUCGAGGAGAUCGCCGACUCCGGUCUCAGCAAGAGGAUGACCUGCAAUCGGGACAACCUCCUGAGAUGCUUCGAUCCAACAGCCACGGCCGCCGCCCUCACGCGAUCUAGCGCGACAGCAUUCUGCUCCAGCUUCCUGUCGAUCCCAGUCGUCACAAGCACAAUCUCAACCGAGACCUCGACAACGAUGACAACCACGGCCACGGAAUACACGACAACCACGCUCCCGCUCGCCAUGAAGCGAGCAGCCAACACCAACCUCUUGCAGUGCACAACUGCAUACGUUGCAUCGCGGCUCAGCAGCGCCUGCUCAUGUCUGAACAUCGUGCCCUCUACGGAAUACGUCACCGCGACAUCCACCAACAUCCAGACCUCCACGACGACUGCCACAUCCACCGCAACCGCAACCCCCUCCCCCCGCUGCCCUUUGUCCAACACAAACCUCAUUUCCAACCCCGGCUUCGAAUCCGGCCUGACCUCCUGGACCUUCAACACCUACGGCGCCAACACGCCCCCCAGCGCCUUCGGCGCCGUCAGCAACGGCUACGACAGCGCCACCGCCUUCAGCCUUUCCGCGAGCAACGCCGGCACGGGCGCCACCCUCUCGCAGGUGGUCAACGGCCUGGUCCCCGGCGUCACGUACACGUUCGCCUACCGCUACCUGUACGCGCAGACGGCGACGGUGCCCAGCUCCAUCAGCUGCAGCCUGACCGGCGGCGGCCUGAGCUCCCAGAGCGUCACGAACGGGGGCCCCUUGGACACGUGGAUGGCCGGCCCCUCGAGCUACGGGGAGACGUUCAAGGCGACGGGCCGGACCGGGUUACUGCAGUGCUUCUUCGUUGCGACCGGGGGUCGGGGUCCCAUCACCUGGAAGGUGGAUAACUUCUACAUUGGAUGUUGA